AUAAUGCUAUGUAAACAAAAAGUGUGAACUAAGGGCUUUGAAUUUGCUGCAGGCCACCACCACCAUCUCCACCAGCAGCACCACCAUCAUCUUACUAGCUCCCAUCAUUUCCUUUUUUUUUUCUACAACCCCAUAUUUCUUACAUUUACCUCACUUAAAGUUUGUAAAGUGCCUCUCUAUUCUUUAUCCAUUUUCCUUUUUGUCAACUUUUCUUUCCUUAUAAAUAGAACCUAAAAUCCAAUCUUAUUCUAAUUCACAACUAAAUCUUCCUUAUAUCUGAUCUAUCAUCCCCCAUCGUCAGUUUCUCUUUCUUUCUGUCUUUCUUCCAUUGGUGAAAACAUGCGGUCGAGAAAAAGCAUUGCUUUGUUUAUAGUAUUGGUGGUUUUGGGGAUAUUCCAGGCAGGCUUGUCACAGUCACAGAACAUUAGCAGGGCCAGUUUCCCAAAGGGCUUUGUUUUUGGAACCGCCUCUUCUUCUUUCCAGUACGAAGGAGCAGUGAAGGAGGAUGGAAGGGGGCCAACUAUUUGGGACAAAUUCUCACAUACUUUUGGGAAGAUAAUCGAUGGUAGUAAUGCUGAUGUUGCUGUGGAUCAGUACCACCGCUAUACUGAAGAUAUACGACUUAUGAAGGACAUGGGGAUGGAUGCUUACCGGUUUUCAAUAGCUUGGUCUCGGAUAUUCCCUAAUGGUACAGGAGAAAUAAACCAGGCAGGUGUCGAUCAUUACAAUAAUUUGAUAAAUGUUCUACUUGCCAAAGGUAUUGAACCAUAUGUGACCCUUUACCACUGGGAUCUUCCUCAAGCGUUGGAGGAUAGAUACAAUGGAUGGCUCAACCCGCAAAUUAUAAAGGACUUUGCAAUGUUUGCUGAGACAUGCUUCCAGAUAUUUGGUGACAGGGUGAAACACUGGAUUACAUUUAAUGAACCCCAUACAUUUACUGUUCAAGGCUAUGAUGUCGGUCUCCAAGCACCAGGACGUUGUUCCAUCAUUCUUCGCCUUAUCUGCAAGGCUGGAAACUCUGCAACUGAGCCUUACAUAGUUGCCCACAAUGUUCUCCUUUCUCAUGCAACCGUUGCAGAUAUUUACAGGAAAAAGUACAAGGCAAAACAACAUGGAUCAGUUGGGGUAUCGUUUGAUGUUAUGUGGUAUGAACCAGAGACAAAUUCAACAGAAAACACUGAAGCCGCUCAAAGAGCCCAAGAUUUUCAGCUUGGCUGGUUUCUGGACCCAUUGAUCUUUGGACAUUAUCCAAGCUCAAUGAUUAGCAGAGUAGGAAACCGAUUGCCAAGGUUUUCAAAAGCUGAGUCCGCUCUUCUUAAGGGGUCUUUGGAUUUUGUUGGCAUUAAUCAUUACACUACAUAUUAUGCUAGAGCAAAUGCCACUAAUGCACUUGGUACUAUACUAAAUGACUCCAUAGCAGACUCUGGUGCCUUUACAGUUCCUUUCAAAAAUGGGAAACCUAUAGGAGAGAAGGCAAAUUCUAUAUGGUUAUACAUAGUACCCAGUGGUAUGAGAAGCCUAAUGAAUUACAUCAAGGAGAAGUAUGGAAAUCCUCCAGUCAUUAUCACAGAAAAUGGUAUGGAUGACUCAAAUAGCAUAUUUAACAGCAUUAAAGAUGCUCUGAAGGAUGAGAAGAGAAUCAAAUACCACAAUGAUUACUUAACUAACCUGCUAGCUGCUAUCAAGGAAGAUGGUUGCAAUGUUAAAGGGUAUUUUGUCUGGUCUCUACUUGAUAACUGGGAGUGGGGAGCCGGAUACACAUCAAGAUUCGGUCUAUAUUUUGUGGACUACAAGGACAACCUCAAGAGAUACGCCAAGGACUCUGUUCAAUGGUUCAAGAACUUCCUAGCGUCUGCUUAAAAUGGAGAAAAAAAAAUUGCAGCUGUACAUUUUCGAUUUCAAGCCAACACACAGUCACAAAUUCUUGUCUUAGAAUGUGUUGCCACAAAACUGAAAGAUGACAUUUGAAUUCUAAACUAUCCUGUGUCUUAUGGGAAAAUAAAAUUCUAGUAUGUUUAUCAGUGUUUUUCAAUCAGAAUAUCUGUGCUUCGGAAGGCGAGAAUAGUCUUCAUGAUCAUUCAAGAGGACCAAGUUUUCAUUUAUUAA